CGCUACGUCACGUCCGGUGCCGCGGGCUGUCCGCUGCCAUGUUGCCGGCGCUGAGGCGCUGUCUGCCAGGCCCGGUCCUGGUUGCCGCGCUGGGCCCCGCUGCCCGCCCAGGGCUUGGCCUUUGCCCCGGCACGGGCGCCGCCUGGGGCCCGCGGCUGGUUCCGGCGCGGGGCCGCAAAACGCGGCAUGACCCUCCCGCCAAGUCCAAAGCGUCGCGGCUGAAGGUGCCGCCGCCUGUCGACCCUGAGGAACUGCUGGUAGUGAUCGAGCGGUACCGGCAGCACCGGCUCGUCCUCGGCGCCCUUCGGGCUGAGUUCAGGGCUGAGGUGCUGCAGAAGAAGAGGGAGGCUCUGCUGUCCCAGGAGGAGUCAACAGAGCUGGCAGAGGAGCAUCAGCGGCUGAUGGCCUGGAACGAGGCAGAGAACGCACGGCAGCGGGCACGCAGAGAGGAAAGACUCAGGAAAGAGGAGGAAGAGCAGAAAAGGCAAAAGCUCCAGGCUGCAGAGAACAGGGCCAGGCAGAUGGAGGCUAUGCUGAAGGAGAAGGAGAAGGAGAUUCUCCAGCUGCAGGAGGAAGCCAAAUCCUUCAUCACCCCUGAGAACCUGGAGGCACGGAUCGAGGAGUGCCUGGACAACCCUCGCAACUACAACUUCGCCAUCGACAAGGACGGGCGGAUCGUCAGACGGACUGUGCUGUCCUAGCGGCACGGGCCACGGGCUGCUGGCCUGCCCCCUGGCCUCAGCCUCUGCUGGCGAGCCCAGUGCUGCCUUUUCCGUUAUAAAUCACCCAUGGAACUGGUGGUGACAGCUCUGGGUCUGGAUGUGCUUCUUCUCAAGGGGUCAUGCCUGUGGGGAGAAGGGUGAGGGAGAAACUUGGGCCAGGUACCAUCUGAGCCUCAUGAGGCAGCUCGAAGCUGCUGGUGUUCAUGUGCCUGUCACUGGCUCCCUGCUCUCCCACCUCUCAGGAGUGCAGAUCCCUCCAGCUUUCGCACCAAGCACAUGGUGGGGCAAGCAGGAGGAGUUCUGAGGCAGCUGUCAGCUCCUUGCUGUAGCUGUUCAAGCAUCAACCCCUCAAGAUGCCUUUGAAGUCUUUGGGUCUGAGUGGCUCUGUAGGAAACACCAACCCGCUGCUGGUUUUUGGUGGUGGGAGGGAAGGAAUUUGCUGUUCCUCUGGCUUCUGCUGUGGUGGAGGGACCUGCUGUUCCUGCUCACACUCCAGAGCCACCUGUUUCUCAUCUCGUGGUAUGGCUAAACAGGAAAA